UGCAGCGGCGUCCGGCCCCGGAGAGCGGCAGGCAGCGGCCGGAGAGCGCCGCCGAACACCCGGGCCCCAGACGCCGCCGACACCCGGAGAGGCAGUUCCGGCGUCCUGACGCCUUCCUCGUUCCUCAGCGCACCCCCGGCCCUCUCCUCACAGGAGUCGCACCGUGAGCGCCCUCCCGGCCAGUUCAGCACCAGCUCACAGGACUAAGGACCAAAGGCAUUUCUGGGCACUGAGAUCCUCAAUCUCUGCCCCCAGGCAUGAGCCGGCGUGUUGUUCGACAGAGCAAGUUCCGCCAUGUGUUUGGGCAGGCCGCAAAGGCUGACCAGGCCUAUGAGGACAUCCGUGUGUCCAGGGUCACAUGGGACAGCUCCUUCUGUGCCGUCAACCCCAAAUUCCUGGCCAUUAUCAUGGAGGCUGGAGGCGGUGGUGCCUUCAUUGUCCUGCCUCUGGCCAAGACAGGACGAGUGGAUAAGAACUACCCGCUGGUCACUGGGCACACUGCCCCUGUACUGGACAUUGACUGGUGCCCACACAAUGAUAACGUCAUUGCCAGUGCCUCAGACGACACCACCAUCAUGGUGUGGCAGAUUCCAGACUAUACCCCCAUGCGCAACAUUACGGAGCCUAUCAUCACACUCGAGGGCCACUCCAAGCGUGUGGGCAUCCUCUCCUGGCACCCUACUGCCAGGAACGUCCUGCUCAGUGCAGGUGGUGACAAUGUGAUCAUCAUCUGGAAUGUGGGCACCGGCGAGGUGCUGCUGAGCCUGGACGAUAUGCACCCCGACGUCAUCCACAGUGUGUGCUGGAACAGCAAUGGUAGCCUGCUAGCCACCACAUGCAAGGAUAAGACCUUGCGCAUCAUCGACCCCCGAAAGAGCCAAGUAGUGGCGGAGAGGUUUGCGGCCCACGAGGGGAUGAGGCCCAUGCGGGCCGUCUUCACGCGCCAGGGUCAUAUCUUCACCACCGGCUUCACCCGCAUGAGCCAGCGAGAGCUGGGCCUGUGGGACCCGAACAACUUCGAGGAGCCAGUGGCACUGCAGGAGAUGGACACAAGCAACGGCGUCCUACUGCCCUUCUAUGAUCCCGACUCCGGCAUCGUCUAUCUGUGUGGCAAGGGCGACAGCAGCAUUCGGUACUUCGAGAUUACCGACGAACCACCCUUCGUUCACUACCUGAACACGUUCAGUAGCAAAGAGCCGCAGCGGGGCAUGGGUUUCAUGCCCAAGCGGGGGCUGGAUGUCAGCAAGUGCGAGAUCGCCCGGUUCUACAAGUUGCACGAAAGAAAGUGUGAACCCAUCAUCAUGACUGUGCCCCGCAAGUCAGACCUGUUCCAGGAUGAUCUAUACCCGGACACGCCGGGUCCGGAGCCGGCCCUAGAAGCCGACGAAUGGCUAUCUGGCCAGGACGCUGAACCUGUGCUCAUUUCUCUGAGGGACGGUUACGUUCCGCCCAAGCACCGCGAGCUCCGGGUCACUAAGCGCAACAUCCUGGACGUGCGCCCACCCGCCGGGUCCCGCCACAGCCAGUCGGCCAGCGACGCCAGCUUGUCGCAGCAGCACACCCUGGAGACGCUGCUGGAGGAGAUCAAGGCCCUUCGUGAGCAGGUGCAGGCCCAGGACCGGCGCAUCACGGCUCUGGAGAACAUGCUGUGCGAGCUGGUGGACGGAACCGACUAGCGGGGCGCGCGGGGAGAAGCUCCACGCAGGGCGGGCGGGCGGAGAGGGGCGCACGGACGCGGCCCCGCCGGGUUUUAGGUCCCAGACUCCGGCCCCUCCUCCCUGGGCUGGGGGCAGGGGCGGGACUGGGAAGGGAACUCCGCCCCUGGAGGGAGAACUGGACAAAUGGAGCGUAGUGGGGACCCGUGUCUGGCUGGCUGGGGGUGAGCUGCACGCCGCGUCGGGAACUUGGAGCUGGCCUAAGGAGGCCCGGUGUAACGGGGGCCUCAGCAAUGGUGCUGCACGGCGAGGCGGUGUCUUCCUCUGUCCUCCACCCAGGGCAGGACAAGUGCUUAGUAUUAGCGGAUGCUAGGGGAUAUUGGGCAGCUUGGGCUUGACCUCAAAGGGGUGGCGAUUCGACGGGUCUCCCCAGACUGGGGAAAUUACGACGCUUUUCCUAAUGAGCUCACUUGAUUCCACCACCCUGGGUGGUAGACCAGACGGGCGUCACCCCCUUGCUGCAGACUCUUAACACAACCCAUCGGCUGCAGAGCCGGACCCACUGGCUACCCCCAGUAGUCUGUGGCGGAAGGCUCUUCUCCUUUUGCACCCACAGGGGAGAGGGCGGCUUCCUUGAGGGAGCCCCGGCAAGAGAACUGGCAUGAGGAAGCAGGUUCACACAUACCCCCACCCCCUCCACACAGACUGCCCCCAGCCCUCUGCUAUGGCUUGACUCUAAGAGAAAAACAAGACAUACUGAAUGAAAUAUUUUAUUAAGUGCUCAGUCUGUGCCUCCUGCAUAGGUGGGGGAGUAGGGGAGCAAGUACCCCCAGCCUCUGCAAAUGCUACCCCCAACCUCCUGGGGAACCUGGCAAACGCAACCCUGGACUUGGAGUCCACCAGGUAGCCUCUUAUCCUAGAGCCCUCCCCACACUGAGGUUCACAAAGACACCACCACCACCACCCCAGCCCGCACCGUGGGCGUUCCUCCCCAGUAAAGCCAGGUAGGAAAAAC